AUGAGCGACCCGAUCCCGACCCUCAAGGAGCUCUUCAUCGACGGCAAGUGGGUCGCGCCCGUCGACAAGAAGUACAUCGACGUGGUGAACCCCGCGACCGAGGAGGUGAUCCAGCAGGUGGCCGCCGCGUCGGCCGCGGACGUGGAUCUGGCCGUGCAGGCGGCCAAGCGCGCGUUUGAGACGUGGGGAGCCACCACCGGGGCCGAGCGCGCCGAGUACCUCCGCAAGAUGAGCAAGCUGGUGGCCAAGCGCAUUGACGCGAUUAGUCACCUCGAGACGCUGGACAACGGCAAGCCGCUGGCCGAGGCCGUGUGGGACAUCGAGGACGUCUCCGGCUGCUUUGACUACUACGCGGACGCUGCGGAAGCUUUGGACAAGCGCCAGUACGAGAAGGUGGACCUGCCUCUCGAGGCGCUGCGCUAUGAGCCUGUGGGCGUCGUGGCCGCCAUCAUCCCGUGGAACUACCCGGCGCUGAUGGCCUUGUGGAAGCUGGCACCUGCCCUCGCUGCUGGAUGCACCGUGAUCGCGGCCGAUGUCGGCCUGCCCGCUGGCGUCCUCAACGUCGUCAAUGGGCUUGGCGCUGAGGCGGGAGGCCCUCUGGUGUCUCACCCGGACGUGCACAAGGUGGCGUUCACCGGCAGUGUGCCGACCGGACGCCACAUCAUGACGGAGGCUGCAAAGGAGAUCAAGAAGAUCUCGCUGGAGCUGGGAGGAAAGUCGCCGGCCAUCGUUCUCGACAAGGCCAACAUUGAACGCACGGUCGAGUGGGUCAUGUUCGGCUGUUUCUGGACCAACGGCCAGAUCUGCAGCGCGACGUCGCGAUUGCUGGUGCACGAAGACUUCGCGGACGAGUUCCUGGACUUGCUCACGAAGGAGACGAAGAAGCUCGUGCUGGGCGACCCGCUGGAUAGCAAGGUGCAGAUGGGCCCGCUGGUCUCCAAGGUGCAGCAGCAAAAGGUGCUGGGCUACAUUCAGAGCGCCAGGGACGAAGGAGCGACCGUGGCUCAAGGAACACUGCCUAGUGGAGGCAAGGGCUACUUCGUGCCGCCCACGAUCAUCACCAAGGUCACCAAGAACAUGCGUGUCUGGAAGGAAGAGAUCUUCGGCCCAGUCCUGUCUGUAAUGACGUUCAAGACGGAAGAGGAGGCUAUCGCGCUUUCGAACGACUCGGAGUUUGGCCUCGGGGCUGCUGUGUUCACUUCGGAUGACGCGCAGCUUAAGCGGGUGACGAAGGCCCUGCGCGCAGGAAUAGUCUGGAACAACUGCUCGCAGCCGUGCUUUGUGCAGCUGCCGUGGGGCGGCGUCAAGAAGAGCGGCAUUGGCCGUGAGCUCGGCCCCUUCGGUUUGAACGCCUACCUCGAGCCCAAGCAGAUCUGCACGUACAUUGCGGACAAGCCGUUCGCCUGGUACCUCAAGGCGUAA